AUCUCUACUCUGCCUUUCACCUUGGUACAACUACCCGCCAUUUCUAAUACGCUAAUCUCUCUCUCUCUCUCUCUCUCUCUCUCUCUCUUUAAUAAUGAAAAGUCCACAAUCUGUGUAUGGUCACCGGAAUGCCAGGUCCGUAACACGGUCAACGCCAGACCGCUUACACUACUCCACCAGCUCCACAUACUCCGAUGUUUCUACUGUCAGAAAGCCGAACACGCUGGUGGCCGCUGCAAAAUCGGUGGUCGGAGUUUUUGUGGCUUGCUUUACACCGCCGGAGGCAACCAUCUCACGGAAUUACGGUGACUCUGAAGAGUUCAGACCCCCCUCUGUUAUAUCCGAUUCCUCAGGAAGCAACAAAGACAGAAGACGAAUAUCAGGUAGAGGUAUUCAUGGCAGUCCACAGAAUUCAGUUCAUGGAAAAUUACCAGGGAGCCUGAGAUUCACUAUGGAGGAAAUCUACAAAGCCACAAAGAACUUUUCCCCAUCUUUCAAGAUUGGACAAGGUGGUUUUGGAACAGUCUACAAGGGAAGACUUGCAGAUGGAAGUUUGGUUGCAAUCAAACGCGCCAAAAAGAGUGUGUAUGAUAAGCAUUUAGGUUUAGAGUUUCAGAAUGAAAUUAGAACGCUAGCACAAGUGGAGCACUUGAAUCUGGUAAGAUUAUAUGGGUAUUUAGAACAUGAAGAUGAAAGAAUUGUUCUUGUGGAGUAUGUUCCCAAUGGAACUCUAAGAGAACACUUGGAUUGCUUGCACGGUAACGUUCUUGAUCUCGCUGCACGCCUAGACAUUGCAAUUGAUGUGGCUCAUGCAGUCACCUACCUUCACAUGUACACAGAUCAUCCAAUUAUCCAUCGGGACAUAAAAUCAUCCAACAUUCUCCUCACAGAAAAUUUUAGAGCCAAGGUUGCUGAUUUUGGCUUUGCUAGAUUGGCAGCUGACACUGAUUCAGGUCAGACACAUGUCUCUACUCAAGUUAAAGGAACUGCAGGCUACCUGGAUCCAGAAUAUCUCAAGACCUACCAACUGACCGAAAAGAGUGAUGUUUAUUCAUUCGGUGUGUUACUUGUUGAAUUAGUAACUGGUAGGCGACCUAUUGAACCAAAGAAGGAACUCAAGGAACGCAUAACUCCAAAAUGGGCUAUGAGAAAGUUUGCUGAGGGAGAUGCAAUUUCCAUUUUGGACCCGAAACUAGAACAGACUGCUGCAAAUAACUUGAUGCUCGAGAAAAUUCUUGAAUUAGCCUUACAGUGCUUGGCUCCUCACAGACAAAAACGGCCUAGCAUGAAGACGUGCGGAGAGAUUCUAUGGGGCAUUCGGAAGGAUUGCAAAGAUAUAUCAGCUUGAGAUUUUCAACACUUGCGAGAGGUUUAGAGGAUUCUGUUGGGGCAACUGGGUUGUAAAUAGAAAUGUGUUUCUAAUGGAGAAGUUACUCCCUCCUAUCUGAUUUUGGUGUUCGUUAUUUUUCAUCUUUGAUUCUUUUUCCCAUUUUAUCAUUUGGAGCAUUCACGCUUCAGAUUAGGUCUGUACUUUUACCUGUUGAACAAAUAUUUCUUAUCAGUUUGGUUAAAGAUUCACUAAAUUAGUGAUUGAAGCCUCCUUGUCUAUCCAAAAUAGACUUUACUGUUCCAUUA